CAUGAUGCUUUCCCAGAAUAAUGCACCGCCCCUUCAGUCUCCACUCUUAACUGUCAGUGUUCUGGUCUUCCAUCUCCUAACACACUCUUGUAGAGGUGAAUCUCAAUUAAUUGGUCCACCUCGGCCAAUAGCUGCAUUAGUGGGUGAUGACAUCAUUUUGCCGUGUCAUCUGGAACCUGCGGUGGACGUCGUUAGCAUGACGCUGGAGUGGACGAAAUCUGACGCAAACUCCAUAUUUGUCCACGUGUGGCGUUCUCAACAGGACGUCAAACACACUCAAGAUAAGUCCUACAAAGGGAGAACGUCGCUGUUUACGGAUGAACUGAAGAUGGGAAACAUUUCACUAAAACUCUCCAACGUGAAGCCCUCUGAUCGGGGAACAUAUAAAUGCUUCAUUCCAGUGCUGAAGAAAGCAUCUUUCGUGGAGCUUGUCGUCGGUUCUGUCUCGUCACCUGAGAUUCAGUUAGCGGGACUUGAUGAAAGCAGCAGCUCAGUGGAGUUACAGUGUGAGUCUGCAGGCUGGUAUCCAGAGCCUGAGGUGUUGUGGCUGGACGGUGAUGGAAACCUCCUCUCUGCUGGACCUAUAGAGACAGUCAGAGGUCCUGAUGACCUCUAUACUGUCAGCAGCAGAGUGACUGUGGAGAAGAAACACAGCAACAAGUUCACCUGCAGAGUCCAGCAGAACAACAUCAACCAGAGCAGAGAGACAUGGAUCCAUGUUCCAGAUGAUUUCUUCAUGUUUACAUCCAGCUCUAAUGCUUCCAUCAUUGCUGGUUUGGCUGCUGGUUUGGUUGUCUGUGUCGUGUUUAUUUCAGCAGGUCUCUUUUUUAUCUGUAAAUGGAGACAAAAAGUGAUCAAGGCCAAGAGGAUCUACUGGGAUGAAACUGAUAAAGGCCAAAGCGAAAACUGCUCAAAAACGGAGAAAACUGAAGCAGAAAGACAACAAGAGCAGCUGCUGACAGACGCAACAGAACCGAUGGAGACAAGCAAACAUUCCUCGUGGAGUCCUUACAAGUGGUUCAAGGAUGAAGUGCAGAGGAGGCAGGAAGCUGAGGUUAAAGUGGCCUCAUUAACGAAGCAGCUCCUGGAGGAAAAAGACGAAACAGAAAACCUGAAGAUGAAGCUGCAGACUGAGGAGGAGGAACAUUCAGCUGAUGUCUCCAGACUUAAAAAGGAGGAGCGGAACUGUAAGAAAAAGCUGCAGAGGGUGCAAAAGGAGCUCAACGAUAUGAAAAAACAGCUGGACGUCGAGUCUGACGGAGAGCAGAGUGAAAGCAGAGAGAAUCUACUGCAGUCCCUGAGACAGGAGCUGGAGGACAACAAAAGAGAGCUGGAAGAAUAUGAGGAAAAGAUGAUAGAAAUCAGAGAAAACACUGCAGAGAAACUGAACGACGAGUUUGCAGAUCAGCAGUCAGAUUCUCUAGAAUCUGUUCAGGACUUUGAAGAAGAGAAACAGAAGAUGGAGAAGCUUCAGGAGCUGCAACACAUGCUGGACACCAACAAAAUGGAGCUGGAUGAACUUUUAGCCGACGUGCAGAAACUCGAAGAGAAGAAGAGGAGGAGCGACAACAAUCUGCAGCUGCUGCACGAACAUCUGGAGAGCCUGAAAAAGGAGUUUGAUGACAGCAGCUGUGAAGACUGGGAGUCCAACAGCGAAGAUUCAUCCGACAAAGACAAAUGCAUUUUGUCCUGAAGUUCUGGAGCUCUUCUGCAAGGCAGUUACAUGUUUUUUUUCAUCAGUUUAAAAUAUGUUUAUAUAGGAAAAAAAACUAUGUUGAAAAAACUGUUUCUAGCCUUAAGCUCUGCACAGCGUUUACUGCUAUUAGAUAUUAAACUUUUAUGAAGACUGACACAUGAAACUGCAAAUCAUAAUGUCAGCUAAAACUGUACAUUCAUGUUUACUUAGUAUUUUUUAUGGACUUAAAGUUUAAAUUUCACAAACAGUGGCACCAAUUACUUGUCUCUCAAGAUGCAAGAAGAACCUUUAUAAGGUUUAUGCUUCUACAACACAGUGGUUAUACGUUAUUUUUUGUAUUAUUCUGUUUGUAAUACUGUUUGUUAUCUAUGUUAUCUCAUAUAUACACCACCAGUGUUGUGUUUUCUCCAUUUUUGCAAAUAAAAUGCAUGUUUUGCUUCAGCCUGUGGAGCACAACUUGCAAAUGUUUGUGUUUAUA